AUGGCUAAGAAGACACUUGCUGAACAAAUUGCUGAUUUGCAAAAACCAGCAAACCCAGAUUUCGAUAUUGAAGAUGCUGAAAGAGAUGAUGUAUUUAAUCAUGAUGAUGAAGAAGGUGCAAGUUUAGAUGAAGAUGAAGAUGAUACCAAAAAAACUGAACAUUAUGUUAAAGUUGGGAAGAGUAAAUUACGUGAUCAUUCUGUUAAUUUAAAAGAUCAAAAAUAUACUGGUAAGGCUAGUAGUAGAAAAGAUAUUUUUGGUGAUGAUGAAGAAUCAAAUGAUGAACAAGAAGAUGAUGAAGAAGAAAGUGAAGAAGAUGAUGAAGAUGAAGAAGAAACUGGAUCAGAAGAUGACACUACAAACUCAAGAAAUGGUAAUGGAUUCAUUGAUGAUGAAGCUGAAGAUGAUGAAGAUGAUGACAAUGAAAGUGAUAGUGGUGUAUCGUUAAGAGCUGAUUCAGAAGAUGAAGAUAAUUCAGAUCAAUCAGUUUCUCAAUCUGAAUCUGAAUCUGAACCAGAAACUGAUGUUGAAGAUGUUACAUCCAAAAGAGAAAAUUUGAAAAAAUUAAUGGCUAAUGAACGUAAACAAAUUUUAAAUAGAUUAUCAACAUCAGGUCAAUCAGAUGCUUUAAAAGGUUAUGCAGUUAUUUCUCAACAAAAAUUAUUUGAUAGUAUCUUAGAUUCAAGAAUUAAAUUACAAAAAGGUUUAACAAGUUCAAAUUCAUUACCUUUAAGUAAUGAAAUUUUUGAAGAAUUCCAAGAAGAUAACACCCAAGAAUAUUUAUCAAAAACUGAAGAUUCAUUACAUAAAUUACUUGAUAAUAUAAUAUCAUUAAGAACAAAAAUAUAUAAUAAAGAAAAAUUAACAAAAGAACCAGUUGCUUUCAAAAAAUCCAAGAAAAGAUCAUUUACUGAUUAUAUUGAAGAAACUGAAAAAUUAGAUAAUAUCUUGAAUAAAUACAGAGGAAAUGUCUUGACAAAAUGGUCUCAUAAAGUUCAAUCAGCUUCUGGUGCUACUGCAUUAAAUGCAUCAAAAUUCAAAACAAUUAAUCAAAGUGCAGCUCAACAAGUUGAUUUAACAUUAAUGGACAUGGAUAGAUUAGUCAAGAGAACACGUUUAAAUAGAAGAAAUAUUAAACCAUUAGGAUUCUCAGAAGAACAAGAUGAAGAUGAAGAUGAUGAAUAUAAAACUUCCAAAACUAAAUCAAUUGAUAGAUCAUUACAAGAAGAUGAAAACAUUUUCGAUGAUGAAGAUUUCUAUAGAGUUUUAUUAAAUGAUUUAAUUGAUAAAAAAAUCUCAGAUUCAAAUCCAACAAAUGGUCUAACGAUUCAAUUAACCAAAAGCAAAAUUAAGAAAAAUGUUGAUACAAAAGCAUCAAAGGGAAGAAAAUUAAAAUAUACAGUACAAGAACCAAUUCAAAAUUAUGAAGCUCCAAGAGAUAAAUUUAAAUGGAAUGAUGAACAAAUUGAUGAAUUUUGUGCUGGGUUAUUAGGUCAAAGAGUUAACUUCAAUGAAGAUGAUGAAAUUAGAGAAAAUGAUGAAGAUGAUGAAGAAGAUGAAGGUUUAGCUAAUGAUGAUUUGAAGAUUUUUGGUUAG